UUUUAACAGUGAACCAAAGAAAACAGCCAAGAAUUAACUUCCCAUGAGUUCUCAGAGUCCAAAAAGUGCUGUGAAUGAUACUUUUGUUUAUCCAGAAAUGUUUUACAUAAGAGGUAUUUAUGACAUGCCCUUUGCCAACUGCUUUUAUAUUUUUUUAAUUAUUGUAUACAUUUUUACAGUGAUUUUUAACACUUUUCUUAUUGUUUUAAUAUAUAUUGAGGAAAGCCUUCAUAAUGUAAAAUAUAUUGCAGUUUCUCACUUAGCCAUAGCUGAUGUAUGUACGACAACAGCUGUCAUCCCUAAACUAACUGAAACAUUUCUUUUUAACUCUCAUUUUAUUUCAUAUAAAGCAUGUUUGGCUGAUAUGUUCUUUGUUCAUUUCUUCAGUUCAAUGCAAUCACUUUCUCUUGCAAUAUUAGCAUAUGACCGGUUUAUUGCUAUAUGUUUCCCUUUACAAUAUCAUAAUAUUAAUACAAAUAGUAGGAUGGUAAUAAUCAUAUUGUCAGUUUGGCUCUUUUCUGCUGUUAUGAUAUCUACAACUGUACUUCUGAUUACAAAGCUCAACUUCUGUCAGUCUACAGAGGUAAGCAGUUACUUUUGUGAUCAUGGACCUGUGUACCGCUUGGCCUGCAAUGAUUUUUACCUCAAUUUAGUAAUUGGUUUUGCAGACAUAGCAUUGUUGCUUUUUGCACCCCUGGCAUUCAUUCUGAUAUCAUAUGGAGCCAUUGGAUUUACAUUGUUAAAAAUUACAACAGCACAAGGAAGACGAAAAGCAUUAAAGACGUGUACGUCACACAUUAUCUUGGUGGCAAUGUUUUAUGUUCCACUAGCUUUUACAUAUGUUGCUUCACAAUUUGCAAAUUUUCAUAUAAAUACAAGAAUUCUUAAUAACACACUGUCUGCAACACUCCCACCAAUGGUGAACCCUAUAAUUUAUACACUAAAAACUGAAGAGGUGAUGAGUUCAAUAAAAAAACUUUACAAAAGAAGAAAAGACAGACAGGGGAGAGUAAUAAAUGUCACCUUUCUAGCCAAAUAAUUUAACCAUAACAUUCCCAAACCUGCUAAAUCUAAUUCUGCAUCAAGGGGUUUCCCAGAGGCUAUCCCAGCAGCACUGGAUGCAGAGCAGGAAACAGCAGAGGGCAGGCCCUUAGUCCAUGACCAAUCCUCCCAGUUAUGCACCCACACUCACAAUCGCACAAGAGCCAGGUUAGAAUGACUCAUUAACCUAAACUGGGCAGUACGUGUGUGACUGACUGCCACUGGGAUAUUCACUGGAGCCCCAAUAAUUCUGGUGUUAUAUACUGUACCACAACACAUAUCUGAACAAGUAAAUUCCAUCUAAUUGCCAUGAUGUUUCAGUUAAACAAUACUGGGUUAUGUUAAAAGCUUAAUAUUUGUUUUUUUUAUUAAACAAAAUGCUAAUAUGUAUUUAAUCAAGGCAUUACUCUUGCAUGUUUAAAUGUUCUUGUUGGAAUUCAAA